AGAAAAGUCUGAAAGACAUCCUCAGUUUCUCCUCCGAUCCUCCUGCAGGAGGGUAGUGGUGAAGUUGGAAGUGACCCCAGCCUUGGCGUAAACAGCGGGGCUCCGGGUCCGCAAGGCCAGGGGGUACCCCUUACCCAAGCUACUUUCAGUACUGAGUUUCUGCUGGAGUGCGGCUCCCUACAAACUGUCAGCUCGCUUUAGGACCUCAGGGAAACCCAAGCGUUUCUGGCUUUAGGACCCAGGAACUCUGAGGCAGCUUGGAUUUAGAUCCUAGGACCACAGCACCACCUACUUAUAGAAGCAUCCUGAGCCUUAGCUGUCUGCAUCUCCAUUGGAAAGUGCGCUCACCACAUCCCUUCGGCCUCCUGGGCAGCAUUCCGUCUGCCCCAGCGUGGACAGCGAGAAACCUUAGCUGUGAAGUGGCGGUGGAGAGAGACCUGGAAGCAGCACGAUUGGAUCCCUAAGCGGCGAGUAGAGCAGACGCGCCCCUGACCGCGGGAUCGCUCUCGCGGGCGUAGACACAGCAUCCCAGUGGUUGCGGUCGCGCUUGCCCGGCCGCGCGCUCCUGCCAGGCGCCGGCAAUCCCGAGGACCCUCUGGGUCCGCUGACCCUGCCUCAGCCGCCGGAAUCCCAGAGCUGCCAAGAGCUCCCGGCGGGUGUCGGCAAACUUUUCCCGAGCCCACGUGCUAACGGAACAACCCGGCUCGCUUCCCGAGCCCGGGAUGGAACGCCGCGCCUAGGCACGCCGUGUGGCCCGAGACACGCGCGCACGGUUCAAAGCGGAGAGAUGCUCAGCGAGCGGAACUGACCAUUACAGCCCCAGGGCUAGUGGCAUCUGUCUUGACCUCCCCAGCCGCGCGAGCAGCGCUGCUUCUGUGCAGGAACCCCAGGUUUCCCUGACUUUGAGAGGCUCUCUGCCCUGCCCGACCGUCCAGAUGCAGUUUCGCCUCUUCUCUUUUGCCCUCAUCAUUCUGAAUUGUAUGGAUUACAGCCAGUGCCAAGGCAACCGAUGGAGACGCAGUAAGCGAGGUGGGUCGCGUUCUGCUGAAGCUAGUUAUGUGUCAAAUCCCAUUUGCAAGGGUUGUCUGUCUUGCUCAAAGGACAACGGGUGCAGCAGAUGUCAACAGAAGUUGUUUUUCUUCCUUCGAAGAGAAGGGAUGCGCCAGUAUGGAGAGUGUCUGCACUCCUGCCCAUCAGGGUACUAUGGACAUCGAGCCCCAGACAUGAACAGAUGUGCAAGAUGCAGAAUAGAAAACUGUGAUUCUUGCUUUAGCAAAGACUUUUGUACCAAGUGCAAAGUAGGCUUUUAUUUGCAUAGAGGCCGUUGCUUUGAUGAAUGUCCAGAUGGCUUUGCACCAUUAGAUGAGACCAUGGAAUGUGUGGAAGGAUGUGAAGUUGGUCAUUGGAGUGAAUGGGGAACUUGUAGCAGAAACAAUCGCACAUGUGGAUUUAAAUGGGGUCUGGAAACCAGAACACGGCAAAUUGUAAAAAAGCCAGCGAAAGACACAAUACCAUGUCCAACUAUUGCUGAGUCCAGGAGAUGCAAGAUGGCCGUGAGGCACUGCCCAGGAGGGAAAAGAACAGCAAAGGCAAAGGAGAAGAGAAACAAGAAGAGGAGGAGGAAGCUGAUUGAAAGAGCACAGGAGCAGCACAGCGUCUUCCUGGCCACAGACAGAGCUAACCAAUAAAAUACAAGACACAGAUGGUGGAUUUUGAGGGGUUUGUUGUUGUUGUUGUUGUUGUUUAUUUUGCAGAAGUGCACAAUGUUGCUCUGCAUUCCACACUGGUGUACAGCAUUUCUGCUGCCCUGACCAGUAUCCAUGUCCAGUAACAUUGUGAAGGGAGAAGCCCCAAACAUGGAUUCUGGAUUAUUUAUGCUUUGAUUUGAAUCUGGAGCCUGUGAUUGCAGAAGCUCUUUGACCUGAAUCAGUGGGAGCUGAAGCAUGUGCAUGCCUAUAAUGAGCGCAGUGUGUCCUGAGAAUCUGUCCCUGGCACAGUGGACCUGCAGGAGGAGUGAGGCUGUAGCUCACCACUGGAGAACACACUUGUGCCUACUUACAUGAAAGAAAAUGCUCAGCAGGCAAAGCGCUGUUCACUUGUGACUUUUAUUUCUCACAUUGU